AUGAUUUACUAUGAGAACCGGUUGUUAGGAGAGCCUCGGAUUCGGAUGUUGAGAGUGACCAAUGACUCGUGUACUGUGAUGAAGAGUUUCCAGAGGGAGAUCAAAGAGUGUUUUGCGAAUUAUGAGGAGAAGUAUGAGGAUAAGACGAAUGUGGCAGAUGGCAGUGUUGAUGCACUACUCUUCGAGCUCCCCGCAUCUGGUGGUGUCAUCACGACUCCCAAAAUUAUGACCUACAAUCUGAUGACCUGUCAAGCUUCCUCUGGUACCCGAAUGAUUGUUUUCGAAGGAAUUUUCUGUGGAUUCAUUCUCUUUUUCAUCUUCGAAGAGCUAUUCGCCAUCGCCCGCCACCGUCUUCAUUACCUCACUCAAUUCUGGAAUCUGGUCGACGUAGCGUUGCUGGGAUUCUCAGUUGCCACUAUCAUCCUAUCCAUGAAACGUACAAAAACUGCAACGAAUCGUGUCAACUCUGUCAUAGAAAACGGUUUGACAAAUGCUCCGUUCGAUGACGUCACUUCUGCGGAAAACGCGUAUUUGAAUAUCAAAGCCUGCGCUAUUUUCAUCGCAUGGGUCAAGGUGUUCAAGUUCAUUUCCGUCAACAAGACAAUGUCUCAAUUGUCAUCUACACUGACCAGAUCUGCAAAGGAUAUUGGAGGAUUUGCUGUCAUGUUUGCGGUGUUCUUCUUUGCUUUCGCUCAGUUUGGAUACUUGUGUUUUGGAACUCAGAUCGCUGACUACUCCAACCUCUACAACUCGGCCUUCGCUCUCCUCCGUCUUAUCCUCGGAGACUUCAACUUCUCGGCUCUGGAAAACUGUAACCGAUUCUUCGGUCCCGCGUUCUUCGUCGCCUACGUCUUCUUCGUGUCGUUUAUUCUGCUCAACAUGUUCUUGGCUAUCAUCAACGAUUCGUAUGUGGAAGUGAAGGCAGAGUUGGCUAGAAAGAAAGAUGGAGAAGGAAUUUUGGAUUGGUUUAUGAAUGUGAUUGCCUUCGCCCAAAAUAGCAUCCAAUCUUACUAUUACACCAAAGUCAUGAGCAAUCUUUUCGUCUCCGCCUCUGGCGCCAACGGAGCCCCAGCCUUCGGAUCUUGCACCUCCAUGGAUAAUAUCUGGGAUUGGUUCUCCCAAGUCCUGAUCCCCGGUAUCUAUUGGACGGAGAAUUCGAAUUCGACGGAUAACGAGAACAUGAUUUACUAUGAGAACCGGUUGUUAGGAGAGCCUCGGAUUCGGAUGUUGAGAGUGACCAAUGACUCGUGUACUGUGAUGAAGAGUUUCCAGAGGGAGAUCAAAGAGUGUUUUGCGAAUUAUGAGGAGAAGUAUGAGGACAAGACAAAUGUGGCAGAUGGCAGUGUUGAUGCAUACAUCUACGCCACAUCCAAAGAACUCGAAAACUUCGACACUGUUGGUACUAUCUCUACCUACGGAGGUGGUGGAUUCGUUCAACGUCUCCCGGUAUCUGGAUCCACUGAAGCUCAGUCAGCGAUUGCCACGUUGAAAGCUAAUCGAUGGAUUGAUCGAGGAACAAGAGCUAUUGUUGUGGACUUUGCGUUGUAUAAUGCAAACAUCAAUCUUUUUUGUGUUGUGAAACUACUCUUCGAGCUCCCCGCAUCUGGUGGUGUUAUCACGACUCCUAAAAUCAUGACCUACAAUCUGAUGACCUAUCAAGCUUCCUCUGGUACCCGAAUGAUAGUUUUCGAAGGGAUCUUCUGUGGAUUCAUUCUCUUUUUCAUCUUCGAAGAGCUCUUCGCCAUCGCCCGCCACCGUCUUCACUACCUCACUCAAUUCUGGAAUCUGGUCGACGUAGCGUUGCUGGGAUUCUCAGUUGCCACUAUCAUCCUAUCCAUGAAGCGUACAAAAACUGCAACGAAUCGUGUCAACUCUGUCAUAGAAAACGGGUUGACAAAUGCUCCGUUUGAUGACGUCACUUCUGCGGAGAACGCGUACUUGAAUAUCAAAGCCUGCGCGAUUUUCAUUGCAUGGGUCAAGGUGUUCAAGUUCAUUUCCGUGAACAAGACAAUGUCUCAAUUGUCAUCAACACUGACCAGAUCUGCAAAGGAUAUCGGAGGAUUUGCAGUCAUGUUUGCUGUGUUCUUCUUUGCAUUCGCUCAGUUUGGAUACUUGUGCUUCGGAACACAGAUCGCCGACUACUCCAACCUCUACAACUCGGCGUUCGCUCUCCUCCGUCUUAUCCUCGGAGACUUCAACUUCUCCGCACUGGAAAACUGUAACAGAUUCUUCGGUCCCGCCUUCUUCGUCGCCUACGUCUUCUUCGUCUCGUUCAUUCUGCUCAACAUGUUCUUGGCUAUUAUCAACGAUUCGUAUGUGGAAGUGAAGGCAGAGUUGGCUAGAAAGAAGGAUGGAGAAGGAAUAUUGGAUUGGUUUAUGAAUAAAGUCCGAGGUCUAACGAAACGAGGAAAACGUCCGGAUGCCCCUGGAGAGGACGCCACUUAUGAGGACUACAAGAUCAUGUUGUAUCGUGCAGGAUACGCUGAGAAAGAUAUCAAUGAAGCAUUCACUCGAUUCAAUGUGACCACUAUGACCGAACAUAUUCCGGAGAAAAUGGCGGAGGAUAUUGCUGAUGAAGUGGCGAGAGUGACGGAGCAGAAGAGGAAUUAUAUGGAGAAUCACAGGGAUUAUGCGAACUUGAACCGUCGUGUCGACCAAAUGCAAGAAUCCGUGUUCAGUAUUGUUGAUCGCAUCGAAAAUGUGAAUGCUACCCUUCAAACCAUCGAGAAACAAAGAAUUCAACAACAGGAUGGAGGAAAUUUGAUGGAUUUGAGUGCCCUUCUGACCAGCCAAGUCCGUAACCGUGAAUCCGCCCGUCGUCAAACCAUCACCUCAAUCGCCGAUAAGAAGGAGGAGUAG